CAAUGGGUGAUUUUGAAAAAGUAGAAGCUUACUUACAAGGAUUGCACAUUAAUAAACAUCAACAAAACCCAAUCAUAACAUUCCCAAGUGACAGUGAAGAGGUGACCAGUAUUAAAGAUGGAAGCAGGACGACUAACACCGCUUUCUACGCAUCAAAGAAUGACCCAAUGGAUAUCUUCAUCUCAGAGUUAACACCAAACGAGCUCAGACAUCAUCAUUCAAAAACAGAGAUAGGUUUGAAGCAGCAUCCAGAUUACAUGAAUGUCGAAUAUCCUCCAGAAAAUUGGAUUGCUUCAGAUCCAUUGAAAAUGUAGUUUCCAAAACUCUUGGAGUCCAGACGCCUACCGCGACGGUGAUCCCAGAUUCCCACUGGUAGCUACUCAGGAGUAUAUGCGGGGUCGGGACGGCCAUUGCCAGCACCAAACACAACAUUCUGGCCCACGUUCAAUCACAGUGUAAACAGUUCCAGCCUGCCACUUGCUAUUACAAUAUUUAAAACAUAACAUGAAAAAUUCAAUCCAUGCCAAUGAUUCGAAUUUGAAGUAUAAUAAUCGAGAAAAAUGGG